CCGGGAGCCUUCCACCAUUUUGUCAACCAUGUGGAGCGAAGAAGCAGAUGAAGGCCACGCCGAGGGUGUGAUCGACAGUGCAUAUGAUCCCUACUCCUAUGCCUACCCAGCUCCAGAAUACGAGCUGCAUACAGGUGACCCACGUCAGGACCUGGAGUACGAGCGUCAGUACCAGCAGUCCUACAUCGUCCCUGAGCUCAUCAAGAACUUCCUUGUCCACUUCCAGAAGUGCAUCAAUGACUGCAACCUGUAUGAGAUACAGAACGCUUAUGAAAGCGGAUUUAACAAGCUAACGGACAGAUUCUUUAAGAACUCGCCCUGGCCUGAAGCGGAGCACAUAGUACCUAUCGUCAACAAUGAUCCAGUGUUUCUCAUCCUGUACAAGGAGCUGUACUACCGGCAUAUCUAUGCCAGGGUCACGAGUGGCCCGACACUGGAGCAGAGGUUUGAGUCUUACUACAACUACUGCAACCUCUUCAACUUUAUCCUCAAUGCAGAGGGCCCCGUCCACAUUGAGCUGCCCAACCAGUGGCUGUGGGACAUCAUUGACGAAUUCAUCUACCAGUUUCAGUCAUUCAGCAUCUACCGCUGUAAGCUGAACAAGAAGCCAGAUGAGGAGAUUGACUGUCUGCGUACAAACCCCAAGAUCUGGAAUGUACACAGCGUCCUGAACGUCCUGCACUCCCUGGUGGAGAAGUCCAACAUCAACCGACAGUUGGAGGUCUACAUCAGUGGAGGUGAUGCUGAGAGUGUGGCUGGUGAGUUCGGCCAGCACUCGCUGUACAAGAUGCUGGGCUACUUCAGCCUCAUCGGCCUGCUGAGACUGCACUCCCUACUGGGAGAUUACUACCAGGCCCUCAAGGUGCUGGAGAACAUCGACUUCAACAAGAAGAACCUGUACUCAAGAGUGCCAGCCUGUCAGAUCACCACCUUCUACUACGUGGGCUUUGCCUAUAUGAUGAUGCGGCGCUACCAGGAUGCAAUCCGAACCUUCUCCAACAUCCUGCUGUACAUCCAGCGUACCAAGUCCAUGUUCCAGAACAGGGCGUCAUUGUACGACCAGAUCUCCAAGCAGAACGAGAAGAUGUACACACUGCUGGCCAUCUGUCUGGUGCUUCACCCCAUGAGGAUUGAUGAAAGUGUGCACUCUCAGCUCCGUGAGAAGUUUGCAGACAAGAUGCUCCGGCUACAGAAAGGUGACAUGGCCGAGUUUGAGCAAUCUUUCUCCUUUGCGUGCCCCAAGUUCUUGUCCCCAGUGCCUCCUAACUACGACGGCGGAGGCAGCAACUACCACAAGGAGCCGUUCCAGCUGCAGCUGACGGUGUUCCAGGAGGAGGUCCGACAACAGAUCCUUGUUCCCACCAUUAGGAGUUACCUGAAACUUUACACAACCCUGCCCAUCUCAAAACUUGCUGUCUUCAUGGAUAUGUCAGAGGAUCAGCUGAGGACCCAUCUCAUGUGCUUCAAGCACAAGAUGAAGAACCUGGUGUGGACAAAGGGCACAAGUGGGCUCGAGGGAGAAUUCCAGUCUGCUUCAGAAGUGGACUUCUACAUUGAUAGGGAGAUGAUUCAUGUAGCGGACACGAAAGUUGCUAGAAGAUAUGGAGAUUUCUUCAUCAGACAAAUUCACAAGUUCGAGGAGAUUUCACGGACACUUAAACCUGCACAACAGCCUUAAUGUAAUAGGAAUGCUUCGUGGGAUGGAACUCAAUUUCUACAUAUUUACAAUGUUUUUGAAUUAAUGGUAUUAAAUCUAUUCACCUGGAAAACAUGGAUUUGCAUGUUCUGAUCAUAGUGUACAAGCAUUCUCUUUUGCACAGAAUAUAAGAAUUUACACAAAAACCAGCAAUACCAAAUUCUGAAUAUUUAUCCAAGAUUAAUCGGAAAUAGUGGUAUCUGAUUCUUCUUGAAAUCUACCAUGAAAACAUGGUAGUUUAUCUUUCAGUUUCAUUGUGUACCAGUAUGAUAAUAAACACACAUCAAUCUUGACAUUAAAAACUGACAAAAGUGAUGAUGUUGAACCUUG